UAGAUUUUUUAACUAUUUUUUUACUAUUUUAUUACUUACUAUUGGAGAAAGUAAGAGCAAGGAUUUUUGCCAUUUAAUCAUUCUAGAUCUCUUGGAGUCAGUCCAGGCUGGCCCAUAAAGCAUUACCAAAUGACCCACCAGUGCUGGCAGGACCACAGCAGCUCAAUCCUUGAUUACAUAGCAAAAAAUUCGUCAUGUUGGAACACUGACUGCUUCUUAUUAGGUCUGUAUCUGUCAGCUUUAGCCUUGGAUUAAGGGGGCCACAGGAAAGUGUGUUAGUGUUGUUUUUGUUCUGUGCAGCAACCUGCAGAGUGCCCCGCUAGGUCUGUGCAAGGAGGAGCUAACUUGUACAUCAGGUAAACCCUGUCCUUCCUUCUAAAGCAUUGGACCUGGAGCUCCAAGGACAACCUGAGUUUUGCUCUCUGCUCUGCAGUUUAGGACAUGGGAACACAGCCUGUCCCUGUUCCACACUGACCUCUCCCAGUCCCUGCAGAGGCACACACACGCACAGUACGUGUGCACUCACACUGCCUGCUCCGCACUGAUUCCUCUGUUCAGCAUCUCCCAAGGCUGUGGGAGGGCCAGGACACCUGUGGAAUUGAGCAGAGGGAAAACCUCCCAGAGGAUCACCGCCCUGUGUCUGUCACGGAGGUGCUUUGGUGGCUGUAGGAGGUCCAGGUACUCACUUAGGAAAGAGCUGUUCUCUGCCAAAGGCCAGUAGAGAUGUUGCUCCAAAUUUAAGGUGGUAAAAGACAGGGAAGGAAGGCAUCACAGUUGUAGGUAUUGGCACAGCAGGCACCACUCCUUGUUUUCCCCUGAAUUAUCUUGUAUUGUCCUGCUGCUGAGCUCCUGCUGGUCAGAGUGGCCUAUUGAUGCCGAUUAUUGUCCUCUUUGCUCCCUCACAAAGCACUCGGAGAGCCCUGCCCUGGUGCCCUGGAGUGCAGGAACUGCUCUGUGCCUCACUUCGGGAGGGAAGGGGGGCGUGUUCUGUACAUGGAAUAAGCAAUAGACAGAUCAUAGCUGGUGUGGGAUAGAAGCCAGGGAGCAGGGACGUAAGCAGGGAGCUGGAACAUAGUAUGGAACAUAGCAAAGAACAUAAGAGUGAAUAAAAGGUGUUGCCUGGUGGUGACUGGUGAGUGCAGAAGAGCAGGAGAAAGGAGCGAGGCUGUGUGGAAAUUCACUGUAAACACAGGUCAGAUGGACAAUUCAGCUUAAUUGCUUUCAGUGUGUAGUAAGGGUUGCCUUUUUUUUACUUCUUUCUAGCACAGAAAUAAAGCCAGGAAAGGGAGUUGUUUGAGGACAGAGUCACUGUGCUUGUUUCUUCUGUGCCACUACUGUGGCAAGGUGCUGCCCAGAGGUUAUGAUUUCCACGGGGAGGUACUCUGGAAGGAAUUUAUGAUAAAGAAGAUUUGGAGAGCAGUGCCCAGUUUAAAAUACAUUCUCUGUGAAGAUGCAGUAGUCUGUAACAUUUGAACACUGUGCAGUAUGACCAGAAUCAGUUUAGGCAGAACAGUUAGGCUGGCAAGGUCAUUCACAUUCGUAUUUUUCACAGCACCUCAGAAGCUCCAAAUUCAGCAUUUGGCUCUUGCUCACUUUUUCUCAUUGUCUGAAAUAAGCUAGAAGAGGGGAAGCUUUAGGGAUGUACAAGACUGAAAUAGGUGGAGGAUUUACAGAGAUCUCUUUGUGCAAAUACAGCAGUGGCAGAUCAGGGUUCCUGCUAGGAAUUAACAUGUUGGACCUCAGAUGGGGAAGAAUAGAGUGGGGUAUGGAGGUUGUCCUGCUCCUUGUGGAGCUUAGGCUGUUCCCAGCAGAGACUUGUGGCAACACAGAGUGUUGCAGUCUCCUCCCUUGUACCACUAGCACCCCAAAAAAUCAUCUCCAGUGGUAGUGCAGGAGGCAGGCAUUUGGCAGCAUGGCCUGUUGCUUGUGGAGGUACCAGGUUUGUGUUGCGAAGUGAGUUUCAUCCAAGCUCAAUUUCAGUGUUUGCUGUUAACUAAGAGAAAGGGCAAUGUCCUCUACUGAGACAGCCGGAAAUACUUCUUUUCUCCUUGAAUGUCCUUGUGGUCAGUAUUUUAGUUAAGCAGAUUGAUUUUAUAAAAGUCUUAAACCAGAGUAUAACAUGUGUAUAUAUGGCAGCUGCUAUGUAAAUACAGCGUCCCUGCUUCGGCUUUAAACAAGGGUGAGUUUCAGGUAAGAGUAAGCACAGCUCUGUCCUCUAAUAUUUAAUUUUAUUUAGAAUUCUGGCAAUGAAUUGGAUUUCUAGACAACUCCAGUUAAGUUCUUACAAUACCACCAAUCAGUUAUGGCAGUGCAUGGAACUGUUUUCCCAUCUCAGUGGUGCCAGGUGAUUGCUGGGAUGGUUAGGUGGCUGCUGCUGGUGGUUGUUAGUCACUUUUAAAAAGUUGUGUCCGAGACAAAAGCUGUCACCUUCACGCGUCCCAGGAAAUACAUCGUUUCCUCGGGCGCGGAGCCUCCGGAGCUGGGCUACGUGGACAUUCGAACCCUGGCAGACAGCAUGUGCCGCUAUGACCUCAAUGAUGUGGAUGUAGCAUGGCUGCAACUUGCCAAUGAAGAAUUCAAAGAAAUGGGGAUGCUGGAGCUGGAUGAGUACACCAUGGAAAGGGUGAUGGAAGAGUUUGAGCAGCGCUGCUACGAUAACAUGAACCACGCCAUCGAGACGGAAGAAGGGCUGGGGAUUGAAUACGAUGAGGAUGUCGUCUGUGACGUCUGUCAGUCUCCAGAUGGAGAGGACGGCAAUGAAAUGGUGUUCUGUGACAAAUGCAAUAUUUGUGUGCACCAGGCGUGCUACGGGAUCCUGAAGGUGCCCGAGGGCAGCUGGCUGUGCCGGACCUGCGCGCUGGGCGUCCAGCCCAAGUGCCUGCUGUGCCCCAAAAAGGGCGGCGCCAUGAAACCCACCCGGAGCGGCACCAAGUGGGUGCACGUCAGCUGUGCUCUCUGGAUUCCGGAGGUGAGCAUCGGAAGCCCUGAAAAGAUGGAGCCCAUCACAAAAGUUUCCCACAUUCCCAGCAGUAGGUGGGCACUGGUGUGCAGCCUUUGUAAUGAAAAGGUUGGAGCUUCUAUACAGUGUUCAGUGAAAAACUGCAGAACAGCCUUUCACGUCACCUGCGCGUUUGACCGCGGCUUGGAGAUGAAGACCAUCUUGGCAGAGAAUGACGAGGUGAAGUUCAAGUCCUACUGUCCCAAGCACAGCUCCACCAAGAAAGCGGAUGCUGAGACUUCGAGUGAAAGCCCAGGGCAGGAGAAUAGGAAUGGGAUUCAGGACACCUCUCUUCCUGCCCACAUGGACCCUUUCCACAGCAUGGAUCAAAACCAGGAGGAGGCCCACAGGGUCAGCCUCCGCAAGCAGAAGCUCCAGCAGCUGGAGGACGAGUUCUACACGUUUGUCGAGUCUUUGGAAGUGGCCAAAGUGCUGCGGCUGCCUGAGGAGCCGGUGGAAUUCCUUUACCAGUACUGGAAACUGAAGAGGAAAUCCAAUUUCAAUAAGCCUUUGAUUACCCCAAAGAAGGAUGAGGAAGACAAUCUGGCUAAACGGGAGCAGGAUGUUCUGUUCAGGAGGCUGCAGCUCUUCACGCACCUCCGGCAGGACCUGGAGCGGGUGCGAAACCUCACUUACAUGGUGACGCGGAGAGAGAAAAUCAAGAGAUCUGUUUGCAAAGUUCAGGAGCAGAUAUUUAACAGCUACACAAAGCAGUUGGAACAAGAAAGAGUUUCAGGUGUGCCUUCCUCCUUUGCCUCCAUGGAGAACACGGUGUUGUUCAACAGCCCGUCGCUGGGCCCCAACGCCCCCAAGAUCGAGGACCUCAAGUGGCACUCUGCGUUCUUCAGGAAGCAGAUGGGCACAUCUCUGGCCCGCUCCUUGAAAAAACCGCACAAGAGAGACAGGGUAAGAGACAGGUCUGGGAAUGACAGCAAAUCCCUGCUGAGGCAGCCCAGCCCGAGGGAAGGAGGCGCGGAUCCAGGCAGCUUUUUAAAUUUUGACAAGACCUUUGCUGAGACACGGAUUGUAUCGGCACAGCAGAAGAACGGCGUCGUCAUACCAGAGCACAGGAAGAGAAGAGACAAUCGCCCGCAGUGCGAGGUGGCGAAGGCAGAGCUGAAGGAAAAGACUUCUAAACACAACCACAAACUGCUGAGACCCACAGAACUCUCUCAGAGGCAAUUGGAAAACAAAAGGGCUGUGCACCACUCCGGUGGUAGGUCAGCGCCUGGCACUCGGAGGGAUAUAGUGCCUAAAUGUAAUGGGGGUCUGGUCAAAGUAAACUCUAAUCAGACAGUAGUUAAAGUGCCUACCACGCCCACGAGCCCAGGGAAAAACUGGGGCGGAUUCCGAAUUCCAAAGAAGGGGGAGAGGCAGCAGCAGGGGGAGAGCCUGGAGGAGGCCUGCCGCCAGAACUCCGGCUACCCCUACCUGGGUGUGGGCAGAGUUUCAGCGAAGGAGCGGACAAAAAGCAAGUUAAAGCCUGACAGCGAGAACGAUGGCUAUGUCCCCGACGCAGAAAUGAGCGACUCGGAGACGGAAGUGGCUGAAAAGAAGUGCAGGCAGCAGAGGCUCAGUCCCAACAGCAGCAUCGGCAGGAGGACGGACAUUAUCCGGAGGAGCAUCCUGGCGACCUGACUGGACACAGGGACGGGGUCAGUAGAGUCACUGCCUACAAGCCAACUCCACCUUACUCAUCGGUGUGAGAGAGGAGCAUUCUUAGACCGAGCUACAGACUGACAAACUGAAAGCCCAUUUUUUUCUGAGUUGUAUAAAUAUGUUUACACGCACUUAAAGCUGUUUUAAGCUCUUUGGUUUUGGUUUUUUUCCUCUGCCCCAUCCACACCCCCUUACCCAUCCCAUUUCUGUGAGAAGUUUGAGUCUCCCUUAUUUGCAACUUUCCUGAGUAAGCAGAGAAGUGACAUCAUUAGUAAAACAGGAGUUGGGAUGCACACAACUCACAAAAAUCUUUUAAAAGGGGCUAGGGUGGUGGGUAGGAGGAAUCAGGCUGCGUUCAUCCUUUCUAGCUAAAAGGCACUGAAAGUUUUACUCCCUUCCCCUGACUUCUGGAAAAGCACAAGCUCUUAAUUUAACUCAUUGAAUGGAGGAUGGUUGUUAGACCAUACUGCAAUGCACUGCACUGCUAAAUCCCAUUACAAAUGCUCCCCGUCCCUGGGCAGGGGCAGCUCUUUCUCCUCUCUUUGCAGAAUGUGUUCUCUUGUGUUCAGUUUGAGUGCAGGUGGCAGCUCAAACCCUCCCUGUGCUCCAGAGUUUACAUGUGAAUGGUGACCAGGCACAGGCACGAUGUUGCAAUGGAGGAGGAGGAGGAAGGGAUAGGGCAGGGCUUGAAAGAUUGGGACUGCCACAAAGGAUGUUCCCAAAUGGCUCAGUUCUGAGCAAGGGGCAGGUGUGGGGGUUCCAGCACUCCAUGGAAUAACCUGUCACCCGUAGUCAGGCACCUGCCUUGGGGAGUGUGAUGACAAUGCCAGACAGAAGUUUUCUAUGGCACUAGGCAGGAGGAAUUCCCAAAGGCCACCACAGAUGCACUAAUGAUAUGUACUGAGAGUCAGGCUUAUGACACUGAAAGGUUGCUUUAAAUGGAAUGAAUAUAUAUUUUUAAAUAUGAUAAAAUGCAAAGGCAAUACAUUGUGAUUAGCUCUUUACAGUCAAGCAAAGAAAAAACUAUUUCAUUCUAUUAUGGACUAGAUUUGAUGGAAAAGGGAACUCAUAUUCUGAUUGUGUACUUUUUUAAUAAUUGCAAGUGGCAAUAAUGAGUAAGAUGUAAGCAAUAAUAUGAACAGGUUGUGAGAUACCGUUUUGUACCGAGUGGAGCGCACGCAUCACCGUGGAGCGUUAGGAGCCUGUACAUUUUGGAAUUUUUCAUAAAUGUAGGAGAGGUAUGUACUGGUGAAAAAGUUUUGGCAGCAAUGUGUUAAUAGAGAGACAGGCAUAAAGAAUCUCCUUCUCCUUCCCUUUCCCACUCAUAGCCUGCUGUUAGGGCAUCCACUCACCUUGGAAUGUCUGACCCUUAUUCCCCGAGGUGGGAACACUUGACAACACAGAAUUCCCCUGCAGUAGGACUGAGGAUUCAAUCAGAAAAUAAAAAAAAGGCUUAACACCCUAUCUUGCUAUGCAAGUUAACAUUAUCAAUUAAAUAUUUCACCAGAAUGCAUCCCUGUUUUAAAACUCAGAAGUCUUAACCUUUUGAGGAAGGGGAAUUUUAUGUACGAUAAUACACUUUCAAAAUCCUCUUGCUGGUCCCAAAAAGUCAGAGUAAUUGGCAUGACUUACAGAGGUGAAAGGCAGGGCACUGGUGACUGAGGUUACAUAGUCACUCUUGGAGUGUGUUCAAAGUAUAAACAGCAGACAGACAAAAGGUAAAAGCCAGCAAGUUCUACUCAACAUCCAGCAACAUUCUCCAGACAGGCACUGGUAUUUUCCUUAAGAAAGAAGCUCAUGACCACACAGGAAUUGUCAAGCCAUAGUUGGAAUACCCUAAAUUUGGAUUCUGAGUAAACCUUUAACCUCACACCCCCUGGACAGAGGUACCUUGUUAAUUUGCACUAUUAUGAACACUAACGUUGUGCAGAGUGAAUGCCUUAGCUGCUUUGUCCCCUGGCACUGAGGGCGAAAAGCUUUGUGAGCUUUCCAGUGGAGCUGACCCCAAACCAAAAAGGCUGCGGUACGACCAGCUCUAUAGGUUAGUUUUGUCCUUGUGCUUAGCCCUCAGCAGGAGGUGUUGUAGGUACUGCAGUGACAAACCCACCCCCCUCUUUUACUGGGAUUUGCUGGAUUUCUGUUUCCGAGCGUGACCUUUCCUUGUGCUGACUGACCAAGAGAUCUUUGAUAUGAUCCGUGUGUUCUGUCCAACCGUAGGCUAGUUGAACGUCUGUAGAGUUGCCUGGAAUGCCAUUUGUUAGGUUAUAAACUCACACAGAUCUAAAUGAAGGGUUCAUGUUGUGUACAAAUCUUGAUUUCAGAAGUUCGAGACAAUUGUGAUGACAUUUGUAAAACUUGUACAGAUUUUUCACUAUGUGCCUAGCUUUGGUGUCCAUUCAGCUGAAAUUAAAAAAAAAAAGGUGCAUGAAGAGAAACAGAAAUAAAAAAGUAUAUGUAGAGAUGACUAUUUUAUAUUACAUGGCCCAAUCCUGUAUUUAUUUUCUCCCUUUUUUGAAGUAUUUCUAAAGACCUAGUUGAAACAGCUGUAUUUUUUGUUAAAAUAUUCCGUAGAAUUGUGCCUUUUGUCUGUAUGUGAAUAAAUGCUGUACAUUUUUGCAGUAUCCUUGCCA